CUUCCUAACAUGGCCACCACGUAGGCACGUCGAAUACCCAGGCUGGUACGGCGCACUGGUGUAUCUAGUGUCCAUAUCUAUAGCUGUCACGAGCAGUACAGAGCAGAAGUUGCGGAUUAAUUUGACAAGUCGUGUCAGAAAAUUGCCAAUGGACACUUUAUCAGAAGAAUGAGUAUUAUAAACGACGUCGCUCUGAGUGGGAAGUGAGUCUCACGAAGACCAACUAAUGGAGACAAAAUAAAACGGACAAGCUAAGGAAUUGUAUAUCUACUGUCCUGCUUUACGACGUGGCCUCAGCAUCAUGACAUCGACAGGCAACCAGUUCUUCAUUGUCACUGAAACGCCUGAGUCCCCUCGACACUACCAUGCCGGUUGCAUAUGUUAUAUUCAUGAGCAUCAACAAAGUUUUGGCUUCCCCAAAAAAUUACAAGUAUUGGUACAACGCUCAUUUAUACCAUUGUACUGUGAGGUAGAUAAGAGCUGUUUGGAGGAACUGAGUGCAGAUGAAGCUGGUCUGCUGCUGGCCCUCACUGACGACUCUGAAAGGCUCAAGUGGUUCAGAGAAAAAGAUGUUCUCCAUAGAGCACUAAGACUUUCUGAGGGAACUGAAGUGGUUGUGGAAGAAGGAAGAGAGAAAUUGAAUGGCAUCAUCCGCUACAUUGGAAACCUGUCAGAACCAGUGUCAGAAGAGCCUUUGAAGGGAAUAUUCUUUGGAAUUGAACUGCAGGGAGAAGACUUGGGCAAGGGGAAUACAGAUGGCUGCUACCACAGUGAGGCGCUCUUCACUUGUGACAAAGACUGUGGUAUAUUCGCUCCUUUUUCCAGAGUCCAGCCACGUUGUUCCAACUCCGUUUCACCAGCCGGCCCAGAGUCCCCUCUGCAUUCAGAAACAGAAAAGCCAGUCCCAGGUGACAGAGUCACAUACUUCAUUGAAGAUUACUGUCGCUAUGGAAUGGUGGUGAAUGUCCAGGAAAAGGAUGCAAAACAUUUUGUGUUGAUCUCUACGGACACCGAUGCCACUGGGAAGACAGGCGAAGUUGAAGUCCCACUACAAUUUGUUGUUAAGGGAGAAUGGCCUGCUGGUUGGACCAUACAUGAUGAAAUCUAUAGUUUAAUUAAUCAUAUUUGUAGACAUUUUACACAAACAUGUUUUUUUUUUUCUACAGAGUGUGAUCUGAUUGACCUUUACAGUCCUGCAGUGGAACAAAAAUCUGACUUGGGUCUAGGUGUGAAUUCACUGGUGGAGGUGUCGUUGGGUACUGGCAGUUUAUAUGGAAUAAUCCGCUGGAUUGGCACCCUUCCUGGGCGGCAGGAAAUUAUGGCUGGACUUGAACUUGAGGAGGACAAGGGAGUGAGUGAUGGUACCUUCAAAAAUGUGUGUUUCUUCCAAUGUCCUCCGAGGAGAGCUCUAUUUGUGAAGUACAGCAGUUGUCGUCCUGAUGCACGAUUUCUGAAUGAUGGUGACAAAGAUGUGUCACCAAAGCAUAAAGUGACAGACAGAGAAAGACAACAGAGUAUUGGAAAAAUGGAUCCUGUUGCUCCCAUCAGCACAGAUCAAGUUGACCAAAUUCUGAUCGGACAAAUGAAGGGGAUCCAAGGACACUGUAACUCUUGCUACAUGGAUGCUGCUCUCUUCAGUUUGUUUUCCUGCUCAUCCGUGCUGGACUCCAUGUUGUUUAAAUCGAUACAGCCAGAAGAUGCCCCAAUCCAGAGAACACUGCUCAAUGACAUUGUCAACCCUCUUCGAAGUGAGGGCUUUGUGGAAGGUCGACAUAUCAUGCAGCUCCGACAGCAGCUACAAAACCAUGGUUACUGUCACUCCUUCACCACAGAAGAGAAGGAUCCAGAGGAGUUUCUCACUAUCAUCAUGCACCACAUUCUUGCACUAGAUCCUCUACUCAAACUGUCAGCUGGUGGUAAAGUGCAAGAGAGUUAUUGCUAUCAGAUCUUCCUGGAGCAGAACCACAGCCUGGUCCUUCCGACUGUGCAACAGUUGCUGGAACAUUCCUUUCACAGUGCAGGACUCAAACUGGCAGAGGUGCCGUCUUGCCUCAUUCUUCAGAUGCCUCGCUUUGGAAAGAAAUUCAAGAUGUUUGACAAAAUCAUUCCAUCCAUGGAGUUAGACAUAACUAAUCUCCUCUCUGAAGGUCCUCAGCAGUGCAUACUUUGCGGAAACCUGGCCCAAGAAGAGUGCAUUGACUGUUUUGAAGAGCCCGUUUUCAGCCAGACAGGAUGUAAAAUCUUCUGCAAGACGUGCUCAGCUCAGGUUCAUUCCCAUCCUCAGCGGCGCACCCAUAGACCAGCAGCUCUCGACAUACCAGAGGGUUACAUGGCGCGAGGAGUACCACACACUCUGACUAAAGACAUAAUGGAGCUGUUUGCCGUCCUCUGCAUAGAGACAAGCCACUAUGUCUCUUUCCUCAAAUACGGACCAAACAGUCACGACUGGAUCUUUUUUGACAGCAUGGCAGACAGAGAAGGAGGGACAGAUGGUUUCAACAUCCCUGAAGUGCGAGGAUGCCCUGAGGUUGGCAUCUACCUGGACAUGUCUCCAGCAGAGCUGGCCAAUCAGAUUCCUCGGGACAUGAAAGGUGUCGCUAAACGUCUUUUCUGUGAUGCCUACAUGUACCUGUACCAGAGUACCAGCAUGUGCCUCUAUCACUAAGUGGAAGAAAUCUUAUAGCGUUCAAUAUUUUGUUAUUUGUACACAUGGUAUGUCCUCACUUUUCUCAAUGCAAAAUUGUUUCAAGAAGUUACAGUCAUUUGUCUUAAAAGACAUUGUCAUUUGACAAAUAAGACAGAAAAGACCUUGUCUCUUCCUGCUGUUAUAGUAAUUUCUAAAUGUUAAUUUGUUUUGUGUUUGUAAAUUGGUCUUGCAUAGUUGUGCCUCAAUUCCCCAAUGAAGAAACCCUAUUAGAGAGUAGGCAUUUUUAGGCCACAGCAUGCAAAUAGACUGUGACUUCCUAGUUAAAUCUGGAUUUACUGUAUAUUUUGUAAUGAUUCAGGAUGUUUUCAGGACCACUCAAACUGCAGUAAAUGUUUUAAUGAUG